AGUACCCUUUGAUAAAUUGUCUACGAUUAGAUUAUCGAUAUUAURAAGGAAUUCUCAGAAAUCAAAAACGUAAGAGUAAACAAUUGUAACAUCGAAGGAUUACUUUAUUGUUUGUUUACUAACUUCAACAAAUCGAGCAAUAGAGGAUAAUUUAUGUACAUUUAUUAAAGGUAAUAAUAAAUAUGUCAAAGCAAGAAAAAGUAAGAACAGGAACAACGGAUGGUUGGUUUGAGGGAUGGUUCAGCCGUCAAAAGAUAAAAAACACCAGCAAUAAUUCAACUAUGCCCAUAAAAUCAAAUAUGUUUGAUAACAAUGAAAGUAUUGACCUUCAGGCUCUGGAAAAUGAUAUUCGAACGAUGGAUGACAGUGAAAUAGACUUGAAGUUUUUGGAAAUUCUAGAAGAUAUGAAUAUCCCUAAAGAUAAACGUGAACCACUUCUAAAGAAAACUCUUACCGAAAAGCGCAAAAUGGUAUUUAUGCAUCUAAAAGGUAAAAAUUCUAACGAACACCGUUCUAGCUCUCGUUUUGAAAAACCAUUUGAUUACAUUGAAUACCUACGUAAUAAAGAACACAACGAAAAUAAAAUAUAUCAAUGUCUAGAGAGUUUGAGGGUAGCUCUCACAAGCAAUCCUAUUUCCUGGAUUAAGGAGUUUGGAGAAGAUGGCAUAAAUGAAAUAACGUUAUUAUUGAGACGCUGUUUAAAAGAACGUGGGUUUGACCGAAUUGAGUUGGAGUGCAUUCGUUGCCUGAAAGCUGUAAUGAAUAAUACAUGGGGUUUAAAUUUAGUAUUAACACCUGAGCUGCACACAGUAGUAUUAUUAUUAGCACAAUAUUUGAAUCCUCGGAAACCACAAGCAAUGUGUGAAGCUGUAAAAUUACUGGCAUCAUUUUGUCUUGUCCCUGAACGUAACGGAUAUGAUAAGGUUCUUCGCGCAAUAACUACUGCCGCCUCCAACAAAUAUAAAACAAGUGAACGGUUCAAACCUAUAGUUGAUGCAUUAUUUAUGGACGGAAAAUGUGACCCAAGAAGAGAUUUAGCUUGUCACAGUCUUAUUUUCAUUAAUACGUUAACAAACACUCCCAGUGAUUUAAACUUUCGUUUACAUUUGCGCUGUGAAAUAAUGCGAAUGGCACUUUAUGAGAGAUUUGAUUUGUUUAAGGACAUUGUUUCUAAAAGUAAUAAUGAUGCUUUGAAGCAACAUUUUAAGAUUUUUAAUGAAAUAAGAGAGGAUGAUUUCGAAGAAUUCACUCAAAGGUUUGAAAAUGUUAGUUUUAACAUGGACGAUAUGGCAGACUGUUUUGAAGUACUUAAAAAUCUUGUAACAGAUACCAGUUCUGAGCCAUACUUUUUAUCAAUACUGCAACAUUUACUUUACAUAAGGGAUGAUUUCUAUUUUCGACCAGCAUAUUAUCAAUUGAUUGAAGAAUGUAUACAACAAAUAGUAUUACACAAAGGCUAUUGCGACCCAAAUUUUGACAACCGUACAUUUAAUAUUGAUACAUCAUUAAUAUUAGAUGAUAUCGUUGAAAAGGUAAAGGCUAAAGAAAUAAGGCGUUUCGAGGAAUUUGAAAAAAAAAUAGAAGAAUUGGAAAUAGCCAAGCAAGAAGCUGAAGCGAAAGUGGCACAUUUAGAAGAACAGAUUAAAUUAAGAACGACUAAAGAGACACCAAAGUCAGAGUGUCCUGGACUGUUACAGUUAAAAACUACACAAGCAGAUUGUAAUAUAUCGAGAACUUCCACAAUGAUACCAACACAAACGCCUCCACCACCACCACCACCUCCUCCACCAUCGUUCAUAAAAGGUACACCACCUCCACCAAUGCCGAAUUGCCCGGCUCCACCACCUCCUACAAAUUUUGGACCUCCACCUCCACCUCCACCACCAUCUAAUUUCGGAUUAAUAUCUGUGCCUGGAGCUAAACAGGGCCAACAAUUCUCUUUUCUGGUUAAUGAACUUCCAAAUGGAUUGAAACCGAAGAAGAAAUGGGAAGUAGGAAAUCCAAUGAAACGCAUAAAUUGGAAAGUUGUAUCACCUCAAAUAAUGUCGGAUAAAUCUUUUUGGCUUAGUUGCGAAGAAGAUCGUUUAGCAUCGAAGGAAUUUCUUUCUGAACUCUCUGAGAGAUUUUCAUCAAAGCCAGUAAAGAAGUAUCAAAAUGAUGCGGUUGAUAAAGCAAACACCCUAGUAAAGAAGAAUAUAAGCUUACGGGUACUUGAUUCUAAAUCAGCCCAAAAUUUAGCCAUAUUGCUUGGGGGGCCAUUAAAACACUUAUCAAACGAGCAAAUUAAAAUUUGUCUUUUGCGCUGUGAUACCGAUAUAUUAUCUUCAAACAUAUUACAGAAUUUAAUUCAGUAUUUGCCAUCACCAGAUCAAUUAAAACAACUUCAAGAUAUAAAAGCAAAAGCAGAACCGCUGUCCCCAGUAGAACAGUUUGCUGCCACUAUUAGCGAAAUAAAAAGACUACAGCCGCGGCUUCACCACCUUAAUUUUAAAUUAACCUACUCCGAUGUCAUUCAAGAUAUUAAGCCUGAUAUUGUAGCUGGAACAGCAGCUUGUGAAGAAGUUCGUAACAGUAAAAAAUUUGCAAAAGUUUUAGAACUAAUUUUGUUAAUGGGAAACUAUUUGAACUCAGGAUCAAAAAGCGAAGCAGCCUAUGGAUUUGACAUGUCAUAUCUUGCAAAACUUUGUAAUACUAAAGAUAUUGAUAACCGACAUACUCUAUUGCAUUAUUUAGUAAAAGUAAUAGAAAAUGAGUUUACCGAUAUACUUGAUUUUUAUAACGAUUUACCACAUAUUGAUAAAGCUUCUCGAGUAAAUUUAGACUCGAUUCAGAGAGCUAUGCGUCAAAUGAUUUCGUCUCUAAAGUCGCUGGAGACAGAUUUAAAAAAUAAUAAAGUACCUCAAUGCGAUGAUGAUAAGUUUAAUGACAUAAUGGGUGAAUUCUCAUACGACUGCCGUCAACAUGUUGAUGUACUAGGGAAAAUGCAAGUUCAAAUGGAAAAAUUGUACAAGGAUUUGGGAGAAUACUUUUCAUUUGACUAUAACAAAUAUUCAAUGGAGGAGUUUUUUACCGAUAUCAAAAAAUUUAAAGAUGCCUUUAUACUAGCACAACAAGAGAAUAUACACCAAAGAGAAGAAGAGAAUAAGAAACGGAGGUUACAAGAUGCUCGAGAACGGUUGCUUCGCGAGCAAUUAGAACGGCAACAACUUAAAUUAGCACUUGUUGACAUGGAUUCUACGCAAACCCAGGAAGGAGUAAUGGACAGUUUAUUAGAAGCCUUACAAACUGGAACUGCUUUCGGAAAUCGUAAUCAAAGACAAAGGCGGCCCCGACCUUCAGGCGCUGAACGACGAGCCCAACUUAGUAGAAGCCGAUCAAGAACACGCGUCGGUACAAGUGCUUUUGUAGCUUGCGAAAGUUUUGCAAACGAUAACUUUCUACAGAAGAAACAUCACAUUUAGUAAUCCUUUUAACCUUUUUGCGAAAUUAAGUAUUGUUAAAUUAAUAAACUUAUGUUGGCGAAGAAAUUAGUUGAUAUAUUAUUUAUUAUUUAAUAAUAAUUAAUAAUUUAGAUUCAGCCCUAUAGCAAAUCAUCGCACACUUGUUAUGGAAAAUAUAUGAAAUUGCUAUGAAAAUUCCUAAAGUGGCAAAACGCGGAUUCAUAUUUUGUUCGUAAAUUUAUUUUAACUAUAAAAGAUUUCAGUUUUAUUUAUCAAAAUUUAAAUAUUUUCUCCUACCCAGAUUAUUUCGAAAUGUCAAAAUUCAAAAUAAGGUCUGGUAACAAAAUUUUCGAAUUCACGUGGAUUCAGAGAUAGAAAGUUAUGCGUAUUCAUAGCGGACAUUCAUAUUCGUUUUCUCUGAUGGAUUGCAUGAUAGGGCUGAUUGUAAUGGUAGGCAUAAUUUUCACAAUGCUUACUAUUACAAGGCAUUAAAUGCAUGAAAUUUUUGUAACAAUGGUAACGGUUGAAUAGUUCAUAAUGAAGAGAUUGAGUUUACAGUAAUGCAACAAUAUUCAACAAAAUUUUUUUCAAUAAAUUGCCAAUCUCCAGGAAAACA